UUCCUCAGCACCUUCAUCACGGGGCGUCUCGGUGGAGCUUCUCCCGGAGCGUGAGCGGCCAAACACCCAGACAGGGACACUUUUAUCGGCUCAUCAUCGACACUAAAGGAGGGAGGGGGGAUCCACUUAUUGGCCACCCGACUGCGCUUCUAAAUCACGCCAGGACGAUUGAGCCCAAGUGCAAUACGAAUGGUUUGGGCAUGGUGCCCACGCCCCAGGUGUGCGUAUCAACCCUGGUCACGGUGAGCACGAUGGCGGUGGUGGAUCUCUACCUGCUGGAGCAGAGCAUGCUGGGAGCUCGCGGCAUGUCUGGACCCAGCGUGUGGCAGUAUGUGGCGGUGCUGCUGGGCGACGCCUGCUUCCUGCUCGCCCUGCGCUUCGUCUCGGCCGGCGUGGUUUCCGAGGCGCAGUCGUCGCGCCGCGGUUUUGCCAACGCCCUGUGGUUCCUCUUCCUGUCGCUGCUGCAGCUGAAGCUCUUCUUCGUCUGCCACAACUACAGGCAGGAGCGGCGGCCGCCGGACCCGCUGGCCAGGAAGACGCUGACGCUGCUGCUGUCCAUCUGCCUGCCCUCCCUGUUCCUCAUCCUCACCGGCGCCGAUCACAUGACUCCUCAGCGCAGGAAGCAGGAAGUGCGGAGCCGGCUCCUGUGGGUUGUCGUCGACCUCCUGGACGUUCUGGACCUGCAGGCGGGGCUUUGGGAAGCCCAGGGCGGGUCCGGAGGCGUCGUUGAGCAGAGGCUGCCUAUCUGGGCGGAAGGCCUGGUCUUCUUCUACUGCUACGCGCUUUUGCUGCUGCUGCCAUGUGUGGCGCUGACGGAGCUGGGCGCCACCGGGCUGCCGGGGCAGAGGGGCCCCCGCCGGGAGGCUCUGUACCCCUGGCUCAGCUUGGUCACCAUCAACAUCUUCACCCUGGCUCUUCGGGGAACCGGCAUGCUGUGGUACAGAGACUCCCGCGUGUCGACUGUGUUUCUAGGGAAAAACUUACUGGCGCUGGCUGUGAAGCUGAGCUCAGCCUGGGAGAGACACAAGCAGGAGCGCGGCGCCUCAGGAGCCGGAACCGUGGCUGGAUCGGAACCAGAAGCCUCCACCGCGCCGCCGAGCCAGAACUCAGAGCAGGACGAGGGCCAGGCUCAGGGGAAAGCUCCUCCUGCUCAUUUCCACACACUAACGCGCUCACAAAGCCACACUCUGUCCCACGUCAGCCUGGAGCCGACGGCGACCCCUCUGGGACCGUCUUUUAUCUCCCAUGAACUGUAGAGAAUCACACCCAACAUGCAUGCAUGCAAAUACUGUAUGUACGCACACAGAGACGUUACAAACCCCGCAGCAGACCGGAGCCGGCGUCGCCUCCCAGCAGAUAACGUGGAGCUGUGGAAAUGCAUUUGGCACGCUCGUCUGUUCGUGCAUUACAUCGCGCUGGGAGCAACUUGAAAUGCAUUGUUGUGAUUUGUGGGAGUGCAUUUUUAGAGUCAACACUGUGAGCAGCACUGCCAGACUGUAAAGCGUAUUGUAGAGAUGUUGAAGCCUAGUGAGUACUCUCUGUUGUAUAAUGGAGGCUUAACUGCCUUACCUCUCUCAGUUUGUUGUCCUCUUUCCUCUUGACAAAUAUAUUUUUAAACUUAUUUCUACUUCUUGUUAAAUAUCUGUUAGUAACGAAGUUGAAUUUUUACGGUUCUUUGGAGAAACUGGAUCAUUAGAUGCCAAAAUCUGUGCUGUGACCUUUCAGAACGCAUUUUCUGUCAUUCCACAUUAGAAAGAUUUAAUACAGAGACGAGGUGAUGCUUCAUUUUUCUUUUCCUUCGGUACCAAAGAGGCGAGAUUGAACAUCUAGGUGAGGAAAACUCCCACUGUACCCUUCUGCACUGUGGUUUAUUGUUUUAAUGUCAAGUUUAACCCAGGUGAUGUUUCCCUUGUUAGGUAAUUUACAACUCAUUUUAUGUGAAUAAAAAGUAGAAAGAUUAGUCAGAACAAUGGUAAUAUAAUGUACAAUGGGAAAAUUAAGUUUAGAACAUGUUGGUAAAAGUAUUUCUAAUGGGCCUUUGAAAUUCACACAAUUAACGCAAAAUGCAAGAGUCUAGAAAAAAAAUCAAAACUAUCAAAUCCAUAAGUUAUUCAUAAUAAGUAAAUAAGAAUAAAACACAAAUGCAAUAAGACAAAGAAAGCCAAGAAACGG